GCGCUGUGAAGCUUACCUUCACUCUUCACUACCAAUCUACACACACUCAUGACCGAGAACGUCGUGCUGAAGCUGAGCUAUUCGGGCGAAACGCACCGUGUGACGGUGCCGCUGCGCGCCGUGGACCCCAAGAAAGACCUGAGCUACGAGCUGGUGCUGGCCAAGGUGCGCGAGACGUUCCCGCGUCUAUCAUCAAACUUACGCUGGACGCUCGUCUAUCGUGACGACGAAGGUGACGUGGUCACUCUCUCACACGCAUUCGAGUUUGACGAGGCAUGCCACGUGCUGCUGGCGAUGACCCCCGAAAACGACGACAAGCUUCGCACCCUGCACUUCUGCGUCCUUCAGCGCGUCUCAUUCCGCGAGAAAGUGGUCGCACCUGUGCUGCAAAAGGUAAUGGAGCUCGCCCGCCUGGCGCGUGAGCAUCUGCGCAAUAGCGAGCUGCUGGAGAAGGGCCGUGACUCGUUCGGGCGUCUCGCUGGCCAAGCCGGCGUGGCCAUGAACCACAUCCGCAACAGCGAGCUGCUUGGUCGCGGACGUGACUCGCUAGGUAACUCUGCUGCGCAUACACGGACGUUACUGCUGUCCGCUCGUAGUGGGGUAAGCACCCACCUCCGACGAGCUGGCUCAGCCGUUGCGGCUGGCAUCGAACGCCGACGAUCGUCGAGCGGUUCAGUCAACGAGUUUGACCCAACGGACUUUGUCAAGUCCCAAUCUGUCGCAGUCUCCUCACCGCUAUCAUCGGAAGUGGCGGUGACCGUGGAUCUACGCCAAUCUUUUUCAUCCCCGACGCCCCAGACAGAUAUUAUUACCGGUGACAGUGAAGAGAGCGAUGAAGAGCCUCCUGCUCUCGUCCAGGUGGGAGGUGGUGAGCAACAUGUGCGAGAAGCGGCCUAUGAGUCGGACACCGACACGCUAUGCGACGACGAUGACCGCGAAUGGGACAUUGUCGACACUUCUGGCACUGCUGAGGAGGCCAUUGCAGAGACUGAUGGCGAGUGGGCCCGUGAACUCGAUGUGAUCCGGGAUAUCCUCGUGGAUCUGGACGAAGAGCUCUGCUGCGACCUUUUAACCCAGCACAAUGGCGACAUCCAGACGGUUCUGGUGGAACUGACCAACAAGUAAAAGAUUUAAUUGUCCUACCUAGUAAUUAGCAAAAUAAAAUUGUGUUCUAUC